AGUUUAACCCUGAUUGUUAAGGGUAUAAUCCACAUGUGAGAAUUGGACUAAUUAUCCCACAUUGGAGAAAUAGAGAGAGAUUGACUGAAAUAUAAGAUUGGUGGAGUUACUCCACGUAUCACCGGAACAGAUUUCGAGUCCAUUCUCUGCACAUUAAAUACACCGGGUAGCCAAAAUAGUGCACCGGUUAUAAACUGACACCAUCAAGAUUCAUCACUCUUUUCUUUUUUUUUCCUUUUCAGUGUCUUGGUCCCAAUUCAAAUCCGUUAUAGCAUUUCUCUUUGAUUUAUUGCCAAUUUCGAUUUUGGUGGAAAAGAUUCAUUACAUCUCCAGAAAACCGGUGUGGUAAUACCUUCUUUUGCCAUUGUUGAGGCUGCCUACUUUUACUGAGUAGGACUUCGGAUAUCAGUGUUAAUAUAAUUGCAUAUUUCUACCAAUUUGUACAUUUAGUGCAUGGAAUGUACGGAGUAUUGGAAGUAGUCCAUGUGCUGCUGAGGAAGAUGAUGAUGCUAAUAAGAAUGAGGAGAUUAUUGACACGGCCCGAAACGGGCAUGUCAGUGACCCGGGUAUGACAAGGGAAGAAAAAUGGGCUUCACCGAGGCUUUCACGUUCUUGCUCGAAUCUCGAGUCAAGGGAAGUCCUCAAAACAACCCAGUCAUUUAAGCAAUUACAAGAACUAUCAAACACAAAUGAAAAUGAAGCAAGGUCUCUUUGUUGCAGUCACUCAUCAGCACUUACCCACCGAAGUGCAGACAAAGUAAUGUUAAAGAAGCACUCUUACAGCCAAAUCCUUCCUUCGAGGAGCAAGAAACUAUGGUGGAAGCUCUUCCUUUGGAGCCAUAGAAACUUGCAGAAACCAGAAAUUGCUUCUAAAACAAGAGUAUCAUCCCUUCUUCUUGCUUCUGUUAACCAGCAAGGUGGGUACUCAUCUGAUACAAUGGAACCAACUCGAGUUAAGCAGCUUAAGAAAGUGGAAUCAACAGGUUCACUUUCUGAACAAUGCAGUAGUUACAACAAGAGUAGUCAUGAAGAAGACAAUAAUAAUGGAUUAGAAGGUAGAUUUUCUGGGUUAUGGCCUCAGAAUCAGUGGGUUGCUUUCUCAGGGGAGUCAUCUUCUUUAAAGAGGGUUGAUGAUUGGGUGAAAGACCUUGAGUUUCAGCCUGCAAUAUCUUCUCUUAAAGAAGGAAAUGAUGAUGAUGAUGAUAAUGAUGAUGAUGAGCAAAUCGUGUUCCCAUCUUCUCCAAAAGCCGAUGAAUCAAUGGUGAAGAAUACAACUCACUUUCCCAGACAUAACAGCAAAAUCAAUUUAACAGAGGAACUACUGCAUGCUAACAGUGUAAUUCAGUCUCUGAAUUCAUCCUCAACUGUGGCUCAUGUAUCAGGAAUGGGGUUGAAAGUUAUCCCCAUUAUUUCACAUUUCUCGAGUCUUCGUUCCAUCAAUUUAUCCAAUAACUCAAUAGUUCAAAUCACUCAAGGAUCGCUCCCAAAGGGUCUUCAUGUCCUGGAUUUAUCUAGGAACAAGAUCACUACCAUUGAAGGAUUAAGGGAGUUAACCAGAUUGAGGGUACUCGAUCUCAGCUACAAUCGGAUCUCACGUAUUGGACAUGGACUUCCAAGCUGCUCACUACUCAAGGAGUUGUACUUAGCCGGGAACAAAAUAAGUGAAGUCGAGGGGCUACAUAGGCUAUUAAAGCUCACUGUUCUUGACCUAAGCUUCAACAAAAUAACCACAACAAAGGCACUAGGACAGCUUGUUGCCAACUACAAUUCAUUACUCGCACUCAACAUUUUGGGGAACCCUAUACUCAGCAACCUUAGCAGUGACCAGCUUAGAAGAGCAGUUUGCGGGCUUCUAUCUAAGCUAGCAUACCUUAACAAGCAACCUGUUAAUCAGCAGAAAGCUCGAGAGGUUUCAAUGGAUAUUAUUGCUAAAUCUUCAUCGAGAAGCAAUAGCUGGAAUGCUCGUAGGAAGUCUGUGAAGAAGACGGGUCAAGGUGGGUCGAUGUUGUCUGGCAGUGUAAGGAGUAGCGCGAGUGUUGGGCAGAGAACCAGGAAUAAGGCGAAAAGGGAAUUGAAUCAGCAGUCAAGGUUGAAGAUAAGGACUACUACUACUACCAGUUGACUGAAGAAGAAGAUACUGAUUUUGAUUCAAUUGUGUAUAAACAUAAGCUCAAGAAUGGUUCCUUGUUGGUUUUGUGUCAUUGUUUGUCUUCAAUUUCUUCAAAAUAAUGCAACUCCGCCAUUUUUCGGGGUGGUUUACAUGAUGUUUUACCUUCAAGAAAAGCUUCAUUGCAUGGAACAUGACUGUAUUUUUCAUUGGUGGCAUGGAAAAAGAGCAAGCUUUGAAGUAAUUUAUGUAAACCUGCACUUAAUUGAUCUCAAAUAUGACACAAAGAUGCUAAUGACAAUGCAAGUUUC